AUAAAAUAAUAUCUGCUAUAAUUAAUGCAGAUACCUAUCGCAGUAUCGCAUUCACAAUAAUAAUAAUAUUCCGGAGAUCUCGAUCACUUUUAUAAUGAGUCGACACGUCGCGCGUGCUAUCAUUUUGAACCCCAAAAUGAUUAUUAUUGUAGAAUAAUUUAUUUAUCAUUAUAAUAUUAUUGUCACAAGGAAAAAUGAUAAAACGAUAUAGUACUCGCACAGCUGCAGCUGACGACUACCAGCGCGACUAUGCAUUUUCAAGUUAAACCUGUUCGUCGUUCAAUUGUCGUUGUGUAUUUGUGUUUCCUGUUUAUCAUCUGUCGAUUCGAUUGAUCGCAGAUCCUGGUAAAAUAAUUCCAAUUUCCUGAGUGACGCGCCACCGCUCGCUCGUUUGCCGUAAGCCCUAUAGUCUAGAGCACACCUAUAGGUGUAUCAUAUCAAUAUCGCCGAUUGCUGUCGCGUUCGGCCCAUACGUCGGUCGAUAUAUGUGACGAUGCAGUUUAGCAUUCAACAUUUUUUGCUAACGUUUUGUCUGUUGCCGAGCUAAAGGGACGACUUCAUCAUGUCUAAUAACGGUCACGAUCAUGAAGAACUGGUGGUUGUGCCACCAAACGCUUUGGAUAUGAGAACAACGGGAGUUAAUAACAAUAACAAUAACAAUAAUAAUAACCAAGCGUUCAAUGUAAGAGAUCGUCUGUUCUAUGCACUGUUCUACAAGGCCACCUUAGGGUAUGCAAGAAUAUUCCCAAGAUCUUUGAGAAGGCUUAUAGAAUUUGUAUUUUUAUUAAAGGCUGUUUUAUCAUUUUUUGUUCUUGUGUAUGUGCAUAUGAACUUUUCACGAAUGCCAGCCAACUGUUUAGACCAUGUAAAAGACAUUUGGCCUAGAGAUGGUAUAUUACGAGUGGAGAUUAUUCGAAGUUAUCAACGUAACUAUGCAGAACAAACAGGCAUGAUAAAUGAAUUGUUUACAGUAGAAAAGUCUUAUGAACGUGAAUAUAAACUAAAACGUAUAGACACAAGUGAUGAGAAUUCGUCAUUGUUGAACCGCUUAACUAAAACUAAUAAUCCUGAGAACAAAAGAGAGGUUGAUAUUGAACCAUCAACAGAAGAAUUAGUUGAAAAUAAAUUUCCAGAGACUAGUACCCCAAAACCUAACUUAUUCAACUUCAUAUCAUUUAAAAAUUAUAUAAGUGUUGAAGAUGACAAGAAAGAAAUGUUUAAAAGUACCAGUAAGAUGAAUCGCCAUACCACCAGUAACUCAAAUUUUUCACUAAUAGAAGACUCAGCAGAAUUUCGUUCUACCAAAUAUCCAAAUAGUUCUAUUAAAGGUGUACUGGGAAUCGAUAGAAGUUCAUUACUCCAGUCCACAAGUGCCACAUUACCUACGAUUAAUGACAAUGAAGGAGCAUUUUAUGAGAAUUACAUUGUUGAAUAUUCUUUGGAGUAUGGGUUUUUGCGUCUGUCGCCCAAUGCCAGAACUCGAUUAGGAAUUCCAGUAAUGCUAGUAGCUCUAGAGCCUACCCGGAACAAGUGUUUUGGUGAUUCAGUGGGUCAGUUUUUCUUGGAGUAUUUCCUUGGCUAUGACGAUUUACUGAUGUCCUCUGUUAAAUCAUUAGCCGAGAAUGAACAAAACAAAGGAUUUCUGAGAAAUGUCAUUACUGGAGAACAUUAUAGGUUUGUGAGUAUUUGGAUGGCUAGAACGUCGUAUAUUGCAUCAUUCUUUAUAAUGGUUGUGUUUACUGUAUCGAUUUCAAUGCUCUUGAGGUACUCGCAUCAUCAGAUAUUUGUUUUCAUAGUGGAUUUGCUACAGUUAUUAGAUUUUCACGGUUCGCUCUCUUUUCCAGCGGCGCCACUUUUGACUGUCAUACUGGCUUUGGUUGGUAUGGAGGCCAUAAUGUCGGAAUUUUUCAAUGACACAACCACAGCGUUUUACAUCAUAUUGAUCGUCUGGGUAGCUGAUCAAUACGACACCAUAUGCAGCCAUUGUCCAAUCACGAAAAGGCAUUGGCUAAAGUUUUUCUAUCUGUACCACUUUUCAUUCUACGCUUACCACUAUCGGUUCAAUGGUCAGUACAGCAAUUUGGCUCUCAUUUGUUCGUGGUUCUUUAUUCAGCAUUCCAUGAUUUACUUUUAUCACCACUAUGAGCUGCCAUAUGUGCUGCAGCAAGCUCAGCUGCAGCAGGUGAUCAUCCAGCGGCAACAGCAACAGCAUCAGCACCAACACCAGCCAACCGGCGGAGAUUCCUUGCGGCCUGAAGGCAGAAGUCCGGUGGAGGUAACCAUCAGACCGGUUCAGCAUUUUAGUCUGAUGAACGGACUCAAUAACCUGGGCCGUUUGCGGACAGUGUUGUUGCGCCGGCGCAGGGUAAGGACUUUCGAGCCACCACCGCCGCCGCCGACUCCACCUCCAAAUACCCAACAAAACACGUCUCCACAGCCGCCUCCGCGGACACCUUCGACGAUGGCUGAUGCAACCGGAAGUGUUGGUUCAGAAAACGUUACGGCAGCGGCGCCCACUGUCGCAAUGCAAUAGUGCGCUUUAUAACCGCGAUGAGCUGCCAAACUACCUACCACCUAUACCUUAUAUACCUAUCUUACUUACCUAUAAUACUCCUAUUACAACAACAAUAACCACUUCUACCAUAACGACGAUGACAACAAUUGCUACUACUGCUCCUGCUAUUAUUGUAAUACAGUUUUUACAAUGCCGCGCAGAUUAUAUUAUAUAUAUUUAUAUAUAAUAUAAUGAAUACAUAAACGCUCUAUAAUCUGUGAUAUAUGAUACACGUGUGAUAACGGUAGUGAUGAAAACAAAGACAUGUAAAACGAUGUAUAUAAUAUGUAUAUAUAUAUCACGGGAUUAGAAACGGCGGCGGCAUAUGUAUAGCGAUCGUAUAAUAAUUAUAUAUUAUAUUGCUUUUGUUAUUAUUAUCAUUAUUAUUAUUAUUUUGUAUUUUAUAUUUACUUCUUCUGAAAACGGUACAAGUGAGCGUCCGGAAUUCAUCGUUUAUAUGAUAAAUAAUAAUCAUAUUGUUAUAAUGUUAUGUUUAUCGUUUGCACAAACUCAUUCACGUGAUUGCGUGACCAUAUGAAACUGUGGGCCGCUCUGCUGCUUUACAUAUUGCUGUGGCAGUGAAAGUAGUAUCGGAAAAUAUAAGUGGUGACGGAGCCCGAGGACGUUUUAUUCUUAUUUUAGGGUUAUAUUUGUUUUUAAUUUCACUCUACCUAGUUUGUAAAUUAUGAUUGUAUAUUUCUUUUUGUUCUAUAGCAUUUGUAAUUAAUAUAUAUAUAUUAUAUGUUAAUUAUUAUAUGCCACUUGUUAUUUUAAAAUAUUGAUAUUAUAUAAUUAUACCGCCGUAUUAUAAUAUAUCGUGCAGUGUAUAUGUUGUGUAUGACGUGUACGUAAUUUUUUCGAACAUUCAAUUAUAUUAUAUAAACAUGUAUAUGAAGUUUUUACUGUUUUAAAUUAAUUUUUUUUCCAUCUGAA